GAGGGGGACAGGAUGUCCAUGAAGCUGGGGGCCUCCAGUGGGACAUACAAUGUUAGGGCCUCAGAACUGGCACGAGAACCAAACUCUACCAAUCGGUCUCUUCGCUGCAUCAUUUGUUUCCUUGACGACACACAGGAAACAUUCGACAUAGAUAAGCGGUCCAAGGCCCAGGCAUUGCUUGACAAAGUGUUCGAUCAUCUGGAGUUGAUAGAAAAAGAUUACUUUGGACUCCAGUAUUCAGAGGCAGCUCAGCCAACCUCUGAAUCUUUGAGGUGGCUGGACCCUCUUAAAACAGUGAAGAAACAAAUUAGAUUGGGUCCACCAUAUACCUUGUGGUUCCGUGUCAAGUUUUAUGUAUCUGAUCCUAGUAAAUUAGCCGAAGAAUAUACAAGGUACCACUUCUUUCUACAGCUGAAGAAGGACAUUCUUGAGUCGAGACUCGUGUGUCCCCCCUCUACAGCCGCCUUAUUGGCAAGUUUUGCAGUGCAAUCUGAAUUAGGUGACUUCAGUGCUGAAGACCACACAGGAGGAUAUCUCUCAGAGUUCCGCUUCAUUCCAGGUCAAACUGAAGCUUUCGAGAAGGAUGUAGCUAUGUUGCAUCGGCAGCACCGAGGUCAAACCCCGGCUGAUGCGGAAUACAACUUCUUAGAUAAGGCAAAGCGUUUAGACAUGUAUGGUGUUGAUCUACAUCAGGCUCGGGUAAGGGAUCAGAGUAACCAAGAAAUUCAGUUGGGGGUUACCUCAGCUGGUCUGGUCAUCUUCCAGAAAAAUCAGCGCACGAAUACUUUCUCAUGGUUUCCAAUUGAUGAAUCUGAUCGGGCUGCAUGUAAAGAUCCGUCACAGGCAAAAAUAGUAAAGAUCUCAUUCAAAAGGAAGCAGUUCUUUAUUCAAACCCGGAAAGAAAUGAAUGAUAAUGUGGAAAACCUUAUUGGGUUCAACCUAGUCAGCUACAGAUCCUGCAAGAAGCUAUGGAAGUCCUGUGUGGAACAUCAUACAUUCUUUCGCCUUCAUAAACCACCCCCUCCCUCAAAAAAAUAUUUCUUCUCACUAGGAUCCAAUUUCCGGUAUAGUGGCAGAACUGAAUACCAGACACUAGAGGAGAGUAAACGACGUGCUAGGAUAGAAAGGACGUUUGAAAGGUCACCAAGCAAGCGUUACGCCCGGCGAACUAUAGGUGGCACUACACACAAUGCAAUAUCCAAUGAGAAGAACGCGAUUGAUGGUGGAUACAAUAAUAUCCCAACAUUAUCCCGACCACCAAGGUCAUUCACAGCUAACAAUAUUGCACAGCGACAGUACGAAAGUUUUAACACAACCCUACCACAUUCUAACAAUCACACAUCUAGUAAAAUACCAAAGAAGUCAUUCUCUGACAACAAGUUGGAUACACGACAUGAUGACGAUGAUGGCGGCUUUCUAUCUCGGACUGGUUCGAAAAAAGAGCCACGGGAACACGCCAGAAAUGCUUAUACCCCCACACCAACCAAAAUGAUGGGACAAGACAAAGGGGACACUGUGAACCAUACGCCAUCGCAGUUAUCUUCGUCAUUACUACGCAGUGAGGCUAGUCCCAGCCAGUCAUGUGACUUACCCACGUAUAAUGACAAUGUUGUGCCAAAUGGAAAUGGUCAUGGGUUCAGUGAUGCCCAGGGUUUGGUGAAUAUCCACAUGACGCCAGAUGAGCAGGGACGAUUUGGCUUCAAUGUAAAGGGUGGAGCCGACCAAGGGAUGCCCAUCAUUGUUUCGCGGGUGGCCCCCAACACUCCCGCUGACCUUUGUAUUCCACGACUCAACGAGGGUGACCAGGUGUUAUUUAUUAACGGUCGCGACGUAUCUACACAUUCCCACGAGCAAGUGGUGCAGUUCAUACGCGCGUCUAGGGAAACACAUUCCGGGGAAUUGGUGCUAGUAGUCCGACCAAAUGUAUAUGUCGGUGAGGAUCAACCAGAGGAGCCUGAGUUCCAGUAUGUACCUGAAACCCACCAUAUAUCAACUGUAGGCCCUCAGGGUAACAUUCUCAGUGACUCCCUCAUGCUUCUACAGGAGAGUCUAGAGAGUGGAGCUGCCCUGGCACAGUUUGAGCAAUUGUACAGGAAGAAACCAGAUAUGACUAUGAACGCAGCCAGGCUCAGCGAAAAUAUCAACAAAAAUAGAUACCGUGAUAUAUCACCGUAUGACCAGUCCAGAGUUAUCAUUAAGGGAGAAGGAGACUAUAUAAAUGCCAAUUAUGUCAAUAUGGAGAUUCCUGGGUCUGGAAUCGUCAAUAGGUAUAUAGCUGCCCAGGGUCCACUCCCAAACACAUGUGGGGACUUUUGGCAGAUGGUGUGGGAGCAACAGUCCACCCUGGUGGUGAUGUUGACCACCAAGGUGGAGAGGGGGCGAGUAAAGUGCCAUCAAUAUUGGCCUGAUCUUUACCAGAGGCAGGAUUAUGGAUCUUUACAUGUAACAUGCUUGAAGGAGGAUGAGACAGCUUCAUUUGCCUUCAGAGAAUUCACCUUAGUCAAUGUAGAGACAAAUGAGGAACGUCAUGUCUUACAAAUGCAAUACAUAGCCUGGCCCGAUCAUGGUGUCCCUGAUGACCCAAGUGAUUUCUUAGAUUUUGUUUUACGUGUUCGUCAAAGUCGUGUCGGGAUGGUGGAGCCCACUAUAGUCCAUUGCAGUGCUGGUAUUGGUAGAACAGGUGUGUUGAUCACCAUGGAGACAGCCAUGUGUCUAAUAGAGGCCAACCAAUCAGUGUAUCCACUGGAUAUUGUUAGACAAAUGAGAGAUCAACGAGCCAUGCUUAUACAAACUUCUAGCCAAUACAAGUUUGUAUGUGAAGCCAUACUGAGAGUGUAUCACGAAGGACUAGUUCAACCAUUAGAGGAUUACCAGAGGUGACACAGUGAUGUCAGAUGUGACAUAGUGUUAGAUGUGACACACACACUUAUGUCAGAUGUGACAGAAAUGCCAGUUGUGACACAUUGAUGUCAACUUUGAAACAGUGAUGUCAAAAGUGACACAGUGGUGUCAACUUUUAUAAAGUGAUACCAGAAGUGACAUACUGAAGUCAACAGUGACAUAGGGCAAAUCCCACAUGUGACGCAGUCAUGUCACCAGUGACACUGCAAUGUCAAACCAAAAUAGAUGAAUGCCAAAAUGUUGCAAUCCUUGUAGGCAUGUGUGAUCACUGAAGUGCUACCAUUUGGUGAUACUAUCAUUUAGCUUUAUGAGACCAACGCUGAAGAAUGGUGAAAUCACAUAAAACAGGUGAAACAAAAUUUAAAUCUGGAAUUGUGACACUGAGAAUUGAUGCACUGGAAAUUGUGACGGAAAAAUAACAUCAGAAGUGGAAAAGAAAAUGUGAUGCCAGGAGUUGUGAUCAGAAUGGUGACCUGGAAUAAUGACAAACAUGAGGAAAGAAAGGUGAAACGCCUAUAGAUAAUAGAUGCUUACCACCAUUUAUACUGGGUGAAGUUCAACAAUGUUGCAAGAAUGGUUCCUUAUCAAAUGCCUUAUUUAGCUAGCCACCUUGCCAUAUGAAUACCAGGGUGGUCCACCAUUGACAUCAAUUCUUCCAUUAUGGUCACAUUGGCAUUUAUUUUGCCUUAUAUGGUCACAUUGAAAUUGACAUUUGCACUGAGCAGAAAACUGGCGUACAAAGUGUCAGCUUAGUAUCCUCAAUUAAGGUUGUGCAGUCAUUGUUAUAGGUUGAACAAUCGUAAAUAUAGAUUGUACAGUCGUUUAUAUACAGUAGGGAGGUUGUAGGCUGGACUUAAAACUACUUAUACCUACACUGGAGAGAGCACAUAGAAUUGCCAUAGAAUUUGGGCAGUCGUACAUUUAAUGUGUAAAUAAUUGACGCCCCACUUUAAUAAGGCAGCAUUAGGAUCAGCUGAUUGUUACGGGACAGUAUGGCAUUUAACCCAGAUUAGCCCUAGACAGUUUCUAAAAAAUACUGCUUUAUCUAUGAUUCAUGCAUUUGAGAAAAUGUCUACUGGGUUGUAUGUAAAUGUCAAACUGGUUUCAGUGCAGUUUAAAACCUGGUCGUUUUUUCUAAGAAAAAGAGGGUGUUGUCUAAUCCCAUGAGAAAUUUCUCCUGUUUAAAGGAGAGACUCUUGGGAUUGAAUCACUUCCAUCAAUUUUAAUGAUUAUUAUAUAAUGAUAUAAUGAAUUACAAUGUAGAUUUCUAGAUUUCAAGAAAUGAUAGAAAUUGUAAAAUACACAUCUCAAAUCUGCCUUAGAAUUAUUGUAGAACACAGAAGUUUUUCUUCUUAUUGUACUACAUAUGUAAAAAUGUAUUACAUCAAUAUUGUAGUUUUGAUAGAAUUUACAAUUUUGUCAACAUCACACUUUAAUAACCCUAAAUGAAAGUUUUGUAUCGAGCGUCCACUUUAAUUUAAUGAAAUUUUAUUACAUGUACAGUAUUUAUAUAUUGCAAAUCACAGGUGAAUCUUCUCGGCACAGGUUUGGUGCAAACACACUUAAGUCAAUGUCAAAUUAUUACCAUACCUUGCAUGGGCGUAGCUAGUAUGAAAAAAAUGUGAGGCAAGUUUAAAUAGGCGAGGCAAAAUAAAAGCCAGAUAGGAUGAUUUUUGGCUCAUUAUUAUUAUUUAUGACAGCGGCACCUAAUUUCAGCCUAAAAAAUUCUGAAAACUAAUUUUUCUGUAUAAUAUUUUGAAGGAGACUUGCCUGCCUAUACCAGGUGUAUAUAAUGUAUCACAAUUCCGUAUACAUACUAAAGUGUUCAAUGCCCUUCGAGCUUCAUAUUAUCAUUGUUGGCUAGUAAAUAUGUGAAAUGAUUUGAUUUCAAGUCAGUUGAUAUAUACCCCUACACAGAACUAUUUAAAGAUGGCAGCAUCUGUCCACCCAGCUAUCAUUAUAUGUACAUUUACAUUGACUCAUUAUUUAAUGAUUAUUGAUUGAAUGUGAUUGUAAUUGUUGCAAAUGUGGUGCUUUAUCUAUGCCUUUCUGUUAAAGGUGGCGCUGAUCUGUAAUUUUAAACAUCCUUCACCAGGGCUUUCAUUUUUAAGUUGAAUGCCCUUGUAAAGCAUGCUCUGAUUGAAAGCAAUCUUAAUUUAUUGUACUUGUAGACAUUUUAAUUUGAAACCUGUUCGGUUCUGAGGUUCUGUGUAAAUUAGUGCUAAAAUUGUCACUAAUGAAAUCUUGUUAUUAUUUGUGAAUACAGUGCACAUGCUUAACUCCCUACUUAAGAUUUUAAAGCAGUAGUCUGUAUACCUAAUGUGUUCAGAUUUAAUAACCCUUAAGAUGUUGAAAUUAUUUUUCAAUAUUUAAGAAGAUUCUUCUGUUUUGCUAUAAAUUAGGCAUUUUCGGACUGACGAAAGGUUAAUCUUCAAGCCAAUGAAUUAGAAUUUAAUCAUUUUAGUACAGUUAAGGAAUUAUAUCAUUUUACUUUACAGUGGUACAGUAUAUUGUUGUAUUGUAUCAUACAAAGAACUGUUUGUUGAACUAACAUUAAAUGUUCCACUGAUGAUAUGUUUGUUAUUCCAUACUACAACAUCUCAGACAUUUUAUUCUUUGGACGACCCAGGGGACUGUUUCAUGAAAAUAUUUUGAAUUUUGUUUCCAGAAAUUCGAUUAAUGUUGUGAACAUUUCCUUAUUGCCAUAGUUACAAUUAUCAUAUUGCCAUAGUUACCUUGUUGCUUCAUAGUGCGAGGCAAUUUGAAAUCAGGAAUUGAGACAAAUAUCAUCCUUCAAAAUCGGGCUCUGUAAAGCUUAGAAAACAAGGAACUACCAUUGGACUUAGGAUGACAUGAUAUUUUCGUAAAAUGGUCUUCAGAUUCAAGAUUCAAACAGAAUUUCCCUUCUUUAUCAGUUUAAGCUACAUUGAUUGAUUAAAUUAUUUAACUGUUUGUGCAAACAAAAAAGAGGUUUUAUUACCAACUUAUUAUCAGUGUGACAUUUUGUUUAGGGUUCCUCUGAAGUUUUAUUUGUGUAUAUAAAUGCCUGUAUAUUUCAGUACAGUAACAGUGCAUCUCUAGACAUGUCUAUAAUAAGCAGAAUGGACUGUUCAAUUGUACUGCAAUCUAGUGCUAAACUAGAAAAACUGUAAAUUCUAGAUAAAAUUAUGAAUCUGUAUUUAUAUUUAAAUUAUGUGGAAUCAUCGGUCUGUUGAUUUUAGCUUACAUAUUCCAUUUAUAAUGGAACUUAGCAUACUCCUUUUUGUGUAAAUGAAAUUCAGUCUGAAGUUCACUGGGAAAAAAGUAAAGUAACUAUGGUAUGUAAAAGUUAAAUAUGCAGACCACCUUAAUAAUGUUUGAUUGAAAAAUCACCAUCCAGUCACCAAAAUACUGAUGUAGAAAUGUAUGAGAGCACAUCCUUGCGACUGUGUACAUGUAUAUGUAUAAUGCCAUGUAUAUUUUACUAUGAGCUUGUAAAGUAAUAUUAUGUGCAUAUAAGUUGUAAUAUAAUAAAUGACUUUAUGUAUCUUUUUCAAA